AUGGGGCAUCAUCAGCGCCAUCAUGAUACCAAUUGUGAUUGUACUGAUAUGCAUCGGAUGGAGGCUUCUACUGCGCAAGAAGCUGAGGAAAAAGAAGAGAGGGAAUUCAUGAACAUCAAGCCAUUGGACCCUGAGGAAUCCCUUCGAAUCAAUUCUGAUGACGAGAGCAUACCGUACAAGAAGGAUACAUCAGACGAUACUCCGGAGCCAACGGAACCGGUGAAGGUGGUGGAUAAUGUAGAAUCUUCGCCGGAACCUAUGCCAGCACCUAUUCCGCCGGCACCCAUGCCAGCACCUUUACCGGUAGUGGGCAUCCCAUACCCAGCCUACGGCAUGCCUUAUGACCCGAGCAGACAAGCUCGGCCGUACGGCGGGGAAACCGAAAUUAAUUAG